UCUGCACGCAUGGAGCUAGAAGACAAGGUUAAGCCUCCCGCCGAGCCCAAAGACGACGCAAUGGGGUCCCUUCCCGAGCCGGAUGACAAGGUCAUGGCCCUCGCCGAGCCCGAGGCCGAGCUGGUGCGCCCGCCGCUCUGCGUCCGCCAAGCCUCGUUCAUGGCGCCCGAGGCGCUGCCGGCGCCAGACGCCGACAUCCCGAGCGUCUACUCGGAGAUGCACUUUAAAGGCAUGCAAGACCCGUACUCGACGUCGGCCAACGUGUUUAUGAGCACACUCAACGCCGCCUCCAUCGACACGAUGCUCAGCGGCGGCCUCAAAAAGUUCUUUGAAAAGUACAACAAGCUCGCCGAGACGACGAAUCUGCAGCUGCAGACGCCCGAGAUCCGCUUCAACAACCUCGCGUUCUCGGCGCAAACCAGCGCCAAUUCGCUCGCGUCCGGCACGGUGGGCAGCUACCUCCGAGAGCUCUUCCUUCCGUGCUGCUGCAAGCCGCCGAGCGUCGAGAAGACCGUGCUGCACCCCAUGUCCGGCAUCAUUCCGCCCGGCAGCAUGACCUUGCUCUUGGCCAGUCCGGGCUCGGGCAAGACGACGUUUCUCAAGGCGCUCGCCAACAAGCUGCCGACGAAGCGCACCAAGAUCGACGGCAGCGUCACGUACAGCGGCCUCACAGCGGACCAGCUCGACCUCCGCAAGCUCGUGGGACUCGUGGACCAGCGCGACAACCACAUUGCGACCAUGACCGUGCGUGAGACGCUCAAGUUUGCCGACCAGUGCCUCAACGGCCACCCGAAGAAGAAGAAGAAGGCGGGGUCGUCGUCGCCGACCAAGUCGGAGGACAAGAUGGCCGACAUUGCCAACUUGCGGACGGAGCUCUAUCUCUACAUCCUCGGGCUCUCCAAUUGCGCCGACACGGUCGUCGGCGACGCGCUUCUGCGAGGCGUGAGCGGCGGCGAGCGCAAGCGCGUGACCGUCGGCGAGAUGCUCGUCGGCGGCCAAAGCAUUUUCCUCUGCGACGAGAUCAGCACGGGUCUGGACUCGGCUGCCACCUUUGACAUUGUCAACGCACUCAAGACAUGGACGAAAACGCUCGGCGGCAGCUGCAUUGUGGCCUUGUUGCAGCCACCCCCCGAGGUCGUCGAGCUCUUUGAUGAUAUUCUGCUGCUCGCCGACGGGCAUCUGGUGUACCACGGGCCUCGCACGUCGACGCUGCCGUACUUCCAGACGCUCGGGUUCGUGUGCCCGACGCGCACCGACCCGUCGGACUUUUUGCUCGAAGUCGUCGCGGGCAGCGGCGCCAAGUACUUCAACUUGGACCACCCGACGCCGGCGCCAAGCUCGUCCGAGGAGUUUGGCAAGGCCUUUGCCGCGUCGGCUCUGCACGCGGCCGUGCGCCUGCGCCUCACGAACGGCGAGCUGCUCCACGACGUGACCAGCGUCAAGCGGCUCGCUUUUCUGGCGCGCAAGGCCAAGAUGUUCAGCCUCGCGUUCUGGGAGAGCACAAAGCUCCUCACAUCGCGUCAAGUCAUUUUCUGGGCGCGCGACAAGGAGCUUCUGUGGGGCAAGCUCAUUGAAGCGUGCGCGGAAGGGCUUCUUCUCGGCAUCAUCUACCUCGACGUGGAUGGAUCGCUGUACAUGCGCAUGCUCUUCUUCUGCAUUGCGAUCUUCCAGCGCCACGCAUGGCAGCGCAUUACGAUCUCGUUUGGCGUCCGCAGCGUCUUUUACAAGCAGCGGUCGCGCAAUUUCUUCCGGACGUCGUCGUACGCGGUCGCCGAGGCCGUCGUCCAGAUCCCGAUCAACCUCGUCGUCUCCGGCAUCCUCGGCACAAUUUUUUACUUUAUGAGCGGCCUCUCGACCGAGACGUCCGUCUUCUUUACGUUUCUCGCGGUCCUCGUCGUCUUCCAGCACGCGAUCGCGGCGUACUUUACGCUCUUAAGCUCGAUCGCACCGACGAUCACGAUCGCGCAGUCGUUGGCGGCCUGCUCCGUCGUCUUCUUCCUCCUCUUCUCGGGCAACAUCAUCCUCUCGGACCUCAUUCCGUCGUAUUGGCGCUGGAUGUACUGGUACAACCCGCUCGCGUGGGCGCUCCGGGCCAUCAUGCUCAACGAGUUUGGCAGUUCGCGGUACACGCCGGCGGCCCGGGCCGCGAGCCUCGACGCGUUCCAGAUCCGCGAAGGCGACGAGUACAUUGGGUACGGUCUCUUGCUGCUGCUCGGCUACUAUCUCCUCUUCACCUGCUUGAACGCACUCGCGCUGCACUUUAUUCGGUACGACUCCCAAGUGCGCCCGGCGACGGCGCCGCCAAAAGCGCUGGCGUCCGAUGCGAGAGCCCUCGCGAUUGACGCGGCGCCGACGCAGCUCCCGUUCUACCCCGCGCGCAUUGCAGUCCGCGACUUGGACUACUUUGUGACGCUUCCGACGGGUGAAGAGCGACAGCUUUUGCACCACGUGACGGCCGCGUUCGAGCCGGGCACGAUGACGGCGCUCAUGGGCUCGUCCGGCGCCGGCAAGACGACGUUUAUGGACGUUCUCGCGGGCCGCAAGACGGGUGGCCGUAUCCUCGGCGACGUCUAUAUCAACGGCGAGCCGAAAAACCCCGCGACGUUCAGCUGCAUUGCCAGCUACUGCGAGCAAAUGGACAUCCACUCGGAGAAGGCGACGAUCCGCGAGGCGCUCGAGUUCUCGGCGUUUCUGCGGCUGCCGCAGACAUUCGAGAACGACGCCAAGCUCAGCUUGGUGCGCGAAACCUUGACGCUCCUCGAGCUCGACAAGAUUGCGCACGAGCGCGUCCUGAACUUGAGCGUCGAGCAGAAGAAGCGCGUCACGAUCGGUGUCGAAGUGGUGGCCAACCCGAGCAUCUUGUUUUGGACGAGCCGACCUCGGGGUUGGACGCGCGCUCAGCGCAGAUCGUCAUGCGCGGCGUCCAGUCGAUCGCGCGCACAGGCCGCACGGUCGUGUGCACGAUCCACCAGCCGAGCAUCCAGAUCUUUGAGCUCUUCGACUCGCUCCUUUUGCUUCAAAAAGGCGGUCACGUCGCGUUCUGCGGCGAGCUCGGCGCCGACUCGCAGAAGCUGCUCGAGUACUUUCACUCGAUUCCAGGCACCGAGAAGAUCCAGCCGCUCUACAACCCAGCGACGUACAUGCUCGAGGUCAUUGGUGCUGGCAUUGGCCGCAAGGACAUCAAGAACUACGCGGAUGUCUAUGCCAGCAGCGACCUCUGCGCCAGUAACCGCGACAAGGUCGAGCGGUUCAUGGCCGUCUCGCCGGACCUCGUGACGUUUUCAUCGCUCGCGUUCCAGCCGAUCGCGACGAGUCUUUGGAACCAGACGCGCUGGCUCACGCACCGGACCGUCCACAUGUACUGGCGCAGUCCCGCAUACAACUUUGUGCGGCUCGUCUCGUACCCGAUCUUCGCCGUCAUCUUUGGGAGCACGUUCUACCAGCUGCCGUUUGGCUCCAUGGCGCGCGUCAACUCACACGUCGGCCUCCUCUACAACAGCAUGGACUUCAUUGGCGUCAUCAACAUGAUGACGGUGCUGGACAUGGCCACGGCCGAGCGCGCCGUCUACUACCGCGAGCGCAUGUCCAACUACUACAGCCCACUGCCAUACUCGGCGUCCUUGCUGCUGGCGGAGAUGCCGUACCUGCUCACCGUCAUCAUUAGCUUUGUCGCGAUCGAGUACUGGAUGGUCGGCUGGUACAACGACGCGGCGACGUUCUUUUUUUUCUGGUUCAUCUUCUUCGUCUACACGUCGCUGUGCACCUUCAUGGGCAUGUGGAUGGCCGUGCUCAUGCCCAACAUCAAGGUCGCCAACGUCGCCGUCGGCGCGAUCACGUGCAUCUUUAACCUCUUUGGCGGCUUCCUCCUCCCGUUCGUGCGCAUGAAGUGGGGCUACAAGUGGCUCACGUGGAUCAUUCCCUCGAGCUACUCGCUCAACGUCCUCGUCGGACUCGUCAUUGGGCGAUGCGAAGAUGGCGUCGGCCCCGGCUGCCGCUCGAUCACGGUCGGCGGCAAGCCCACAACCGUCAAGUCGUUCAUCAUCGCUCGGUUUGGCUAUGAUCCGGCCGAGAUUUACUCGAGCAGCGGCGCGCUCCUCAUCGAAUGGGCGCUGCUCCAAGCGUUCAUCUACCUCACCUUGCGCUUCGUGUGCCACCUCAAGCGCUAAUCGUCGUCUCUCUUCCAUUGUUGCAAUCUACUACAGGAGACCUAGAUUCAGUUAAGUACUCUGAAUGAAUGA